CAUCUGUAUAAUCUGACCUAGAUUACAGAGGAAGAAGGUAAGAAUGUAAUAGAAAUCAGAGCCCGCCGGCUUUUACCGACUAACAAUUUGAGUGGGCCCACCACAUAUAUACAAAAACAUACGUAGGCAUUAGGCCGCCUCUCUGUCUCUACAUAUACUAUAUGUCUAUAUAUACACACCACCCUCCCCUAGUCGUCUCCCUCCCGAAAUCUCACGGACUGGUUACCAUUCCCUGCAAGAGGAAGAAGGACUAGGGUGUCCCUGUGUCCAAACAUCUCCCACCUUCUCCUUCUUCUUCUUCACAAUCUGUUAUUCAUCUUCAAUGGCCAAACUUUGCUUUCUGUUUUCUCUACUCACACUCUUCAUAUCAGGAGUGAUUUCAUCAGCAACAUUCACAAUAGUAAACAAGUGUGAGCACACAGUUUGGCCAGGCAUUUUAUCAAACGCUGGGAUUGCACAACUCCCCACCACUGGUUUUUCCCUCCAAAAGGGUGAGUCCAAGGCCAUAACAGCUCCGUCCAAUUGGGGGGGUCGAUUCUGGGGUCGUACUCUCUGUACCCAAGACUCGGCCGGAAAAUUCAGCUGCGUCACAGGCGAUUGCGGCUCCGGGAAGGUGGAAUGCGCCGGGGGGACCGCCGAGCCACCGGCGACGCUGGCUGAGUUCACACUCGACGGGGACAAUGGAAUGGACUUCUUCGAUGUGAGCUUGGUCGACGGGUACAACCUCCCGAUGCUGGUGGUCCCGCAGGGCGGCACCGGAGUCAACUGUACAAACACGGGAUGCGUGGUGGACCUGAACAGCGCGUGCCCGUCGGAGCUCAAGCUGACGAGCGAGGGCGGGGAGGGGGUGGCCUGCAAGAGCGCGUGCGAGGCGUUUGGGAAACCGGAGUACUGCUGCAGCGGCGCGUACAACACACCCGCCACCUGCAAGCCGUCGUCGUACUCUCAAUUGUUCAAGAACGCGUGCCCACGCGCCUACAGCUAUGCGUAUGAUGACGGGACGAGUACCUUCACUUGUGUGGGUGCCGACUAUCUCAUAACGUUCUGUCCAUCAGCCAACACGAUUCAGAAAUCAUCAUCAGAUCAGCAAAACAAUCCGACGGCAGCAAACGCAGAACCAUUGGUAAACAGCACGAUGGUGUACGAAGGUGUGAUGGACACGAGCGGUGCCUCCUCCUCCUCCACGUGCGCGCACGUGUUCCGUCCUCAUGCAAUGGCCGGUUCGGUCGCGAUCAUGUUAGCAAUAUGGCGGUUGUGUCAGCUCUUCUAACUUCUUCCUAACCUUUUUUUGCUUGGACCCAUUACAUUUCCAAAAUACCCACCCAUUCAGGGCCCAUACCACUUUGUCGGAGAUUGAGGUGUUAUAUCACGUGUGGACCUUUCCAUUCUUUUGGUCCUAUCCCCCUUAUGUGGACCUCGUGACAAAUCAUGGGCCACUACAAGGCCCAUGUGACUCGGUGCUGACUCAUCCCACCCUAUAUAUAAUAUAUAUAUAUAUUAUACUCGGUAUUAUAGAGUCACGGUUUGGACAAUUCUAAUUGUUUUGAUGUGAAUGAAUGGUACCUAACAUUAUGAUUAAAUUCCACUCAUAUAAAAUAGUCUUACAUAAUCAAAAUACACAAUCGGUUGCACAACUCUGACUUGUUUUGAUCUGAGUGGAUGGUACGUGACAUAACGUAAAACAGUCUUACACGACUACAUUAAACUCCACUAACGUAAAAUAGUCUUACAAUGUCUGCACUGCUGAUAUUUUCGAACUCCAAUUCUUGAUGUGAGUCCACUCACAUACAACAGCCUUACACUCUCUCGACUGCAGAUAUUUUGGAGCGACUGCAGAUAUUUUCGAAUAUAAUAUCAUUCAUUUUGAUGUAUAUGUGGGGUGGAGUGGGAAACACACAAAAUAGAGGUAUUGGGUAGGAAUUCUUUUUUAGGUUAUGGUUUUUGAUUUAAUUUUUUUUUUUUUUUUUUAAUAGUAAAGAUGGGGUGGAGAUUGAUUUGUUGAGUUUGGAUGGAUACUAAUUUUAUGUGGUUCUCAGCAUUUGUUGCCAAUAAUAUAAAGCUUUCUAGUUUCAUUGUCA